AAUUACUUAAAAAUGCGGUUUACUUAUUACCUUAAUGCUCUGAGAUUGUUAGCGUUCCUAGUUAGUUUGGUCACAUUGAUCUGUCAUGUAUCCCAAUGCAUUCUAUUCGGAGCCUACCGGGCAAAAACAAAUAUACCAGACUGGUUAACAGCUGGGCAUUACCAGGUGAAAAGUCUGCAUAAAUUAACAAACAGUAAAGCUAGACUCAAGGCGAACUAAACUGAUGAAGAACCACUUUAUAGUAUCUUUUGUGGUAUAUUUCCUUAACAAUAUCCUUCUUGGGCAGUUCAGCCAUUUGUUUUUCUGCCACUUACACCCGGUAUCGUAAAAAGCCUUCUAUGGCGGCAAAAACGCCCACUUUCUACAGUAAAAAUUAUUACUCAGCUGAAAAAUGGUUAGGAUUAAUGUCUUUCCUACCAGUCCUAUGCUCAACCAUUACUGUAGUAACUGUGAACGAUCAAUCUUUGCUUGAACCGUGGACGAACAACCUUAUUAAGAUUAACAGGACACCACUAGCGUUAUUCAGUAGCUGCCAUGCGUUCGAUAUUAACGUUGAUCAAAACUAUCCAUUACUUUUACAAAGAUGUAUUUUGAGUGAUAUCAUAUGUUCAUUAGCAAUUUCACUGUGUGUAAUAUGGUUUAUUUUGGUUUGCUUCGCAUUUUUGGCACCAGCUUAUAUUGGAAACGAUGAGGAAUUAAAUCAAAAAAUCUCAACCUUGGCAGCUCUUGACCAGCACCGAUCAGCAAUGAAGAUGAUAUUACAUUGUGGAAUUGGUGGGUCAGAGCCUAAUUGGGGAAGAUAUAUGCCUGAUCCUCCAUCAACUGUUUAUUCUACUGUAACACUUAACAGCAGGACCGGACUGUUAACACCUAUAUCCAAUUUAACAAAAGAGAAACACCUUGAAUUCUACGCGAAAAAUGGAAAAUACUACUACACUGAAUCAGACAACAAAUUUAAUACGGGAUUAUCUUCCUACAACUACGAUGACAAAAUUGGUGACUACAACUACUAUUGCGACAGCAACAGCUUUAAUAAUGAAAAGAAAACUUCAAAAGAUUAUUAUACGAACAGCGCCAACUGGGCAAAAGAUCGAACAAGCGUCCUCUCAGCACCAGCUUAUAGGACACCGUCUCCCCUUCAGAAAGCUGAUAAUAUCGAAGAAGACAAUUCUAAAACUUCAAGCCUUCAUCAGCAUUACCCUGUUGAUUAUAUCGAGAAAAAAGCACCUCAUACCAUUAGCAAAGAACAACUGUUACAUAGCUCCGAUAUAGAUUCUAACAGCGAAGACGGUAAGAGUGAUGAAGAGGACAAGAAUGGCAUAGUCGAGGGUUUGACGGUCAGUAACAAAACAAGCGCAACAUAUGCUGAAAAGACAACAUCUACACCGCUAUAUAGUAAGUUCAGUGCAAAAAGUUUUCAAGAUUUCAAAUUACUCUAGAAGAAUCACGGUGGGUAGUUACUAUAUAUAUGACAGUACCACAUCACUAUAUAACACUCUAAAAAGUUUAUAAAAGAGUCUAACAGAACUGACAGCUUGUGAUGUACAGGCUCAGCAAGAGCAAAAAAUUUAUCUAAUAAGAUCUUGUAAUAACAAUAAAUACUUGACAGAUUGGGC